GUCUGGAAAGGGGGGGUGACUUGUAUAUAGCUGAGGCUCACAUGCAAGCGUUCCUCAUCAGCAGCAGCAGGACUAGCGGGGAAAUCUCAAAAGUUUUACAUUGAUGGACUAAAAGACUCCCUCUUAUCGGGGCCACAUCCGGGACUUUUUCAUUAGAUUUUUCACUCAUUGCUAUUUUUUUCUUUGUUUGUUUGUUAAAACGGUCGAGAUGCAGGCUCACUUGGCUUGUGUGCUACUGCUGCUGUGUUUCACCUGCAGUGGGCUCUGUGCAGGUUAUUCCUCUUCAGACAUGGAGCAAGAGCUUGGAGAACAACUGCUCAGCAGCCUGCUUGCUUCCAAGCUGAAACAGGCGAGCAAGCAGAGCGCCCCCUACUGGCGCUUAACGCUGGACAACCUGUGCCGGCUGGCUGAUGGCCUGCGGCUCAUAGAGGAGGGGGCUGAGGAGGCGGCGUGGUGGAGGAGGAGCGGCGAGGAGGCUGGAGAGGAGGUGGAGGAGGAGGAGGAAGAGGAGGGGGAACAGCAGAUGAGGAUGAGGGAGUGGAGCAACAAGAGUCUGGAGGAACUCUAUAGCGUGCGGCAUAUUUGCAGAGCGCUGCUGCACAGUAGCCAGGGCAGGCUACGCUACGACUCAAUGGAGUACGCAGCGGAAAAUGGUGGCGGUGCGCAGCUGAAGCGCAAGUCGCCAUACAUCCUCAAGAGGCAAGCCACUCACGCAGCCAAGUCUCGGAGGCCGUACAUCUUGAAGCGGAGUGAAAUUUACUGACCGGUCGCUACCCUUGUUCCUCUUGAUGCCACCCAGCUCCUUUAACCGCCACCCUGCGUCCGACUUUUUCCUACUCUGCCGCACUUCUCGCCGAAAUAAAAAGUCGAGCAUCA